GAGAAAGAGUGUGUGAGAGAAUCUGCGUGUGAAUCCAAACAUUCAUCAUCAUCAUCAUCAUCAUCAUCCUCUUGCCAUUUCUUGCAUCCGUCCCCAGCUCAGCUCUGAGCUCUCUGCCAUCUCUUCCAUACUCACGCAUAAGGCCCGACCUUCAGAACAGAAACAAACCAGAGGCAGAGAGAAGGAGAAGAGAAAACAAGAAAGACCCUUCACCUCCAUCUCGUCGCAACAUCAGAUCUCUCUCUCUCUCUCUCUCUCUCCCCAUUUUCCUUUCCUUCUCAACUGUCAAUUUCCCAUUUAGCUCAGUGCCCACAUUCAUGAUUCCUUCAUGCGGUGAGUGAGUGAGUGAGUGAGAGAGUGUGAUUGAGCUCUGAGGAGUGAGGAGCCAUUUGUCUUCUCUCCCCCGUCAGAGGAAGCUAGCAGCUCCUCGCUUUUGUCUUGGGCGAGUCAGUCCGAAGCUCUCUGUUCUCCUUCAUUCGUCUCGUCCUUUUCCACUCGCAGAGUGUGUUUUGUCUGUUCCUGUGUCGAUAACGGGGCCUCUGUCCCGUUCUUGUUUUUGACGCAGAAUUUCCUCAGAGCUCUGUUUGUUUGUUUUUUUUUUUUUUGGGUAAUCCUUCCUUUGUUUGUUCAUAUUGUGAUAUGAUGUUCAUGCGUGUCUCCUCCAAUGUCCAUUGCUUGAAUUCGGAAAUUGAGGAGGAGAUAAAGUGGUUUCAGCUCAUUCAUUCGAGUUGGUAAACAAGAAAACAUAUUGCUGAACUGAGCGAGGCCUUUCCAGUUAGUUCUCAAGAAGAGCUGUUUUCUGUAUCCUGGAAAACUGGAAAACAUUGAAAGCCAUUCAUUCAUCACACUAAUCUCUGGGCAGUCUCUGAAACUGAAAACAGAGCCCCUUGGCCAUUGAAACUCUGCGCGCGCGCGCUCGUGUGAGAUUCAGAUUCAACUCGAAGGUUUGCGGAGUGAAUACGAUCACCCGAGUACUUCGCCUCAUAAGACGAGUUCUUUUCAGCUGCUUCAGGUGAAAAUGCUGUGCUCUUGCUCUGGUGAGCAAUUCAAGUUCGAAGAGCCCCCACAAUCUCCGGAGUCGUUAGCCACUCGUGACUUCUCUGCCAGUGGACUUUCCUCGAGAACCGGUGACUGGGAAUCUAAGUUUGAUGACACCCAGGUCGAAGAAGUCGAGUCUUCUCUCAGGGAGGCUCUUUCCUUAAACUACGAGGAAGCAAGAGCCUUGUUGGGGAGGCUAGAGUGUCAAAGAGGGAAUUAUGAUGCCGCCCUUCAGGUGUUUCAAGGGAUCGACAUUCAGGGCUUGUCUUCUGGAAUGACAAGGGCUAUUUACGAGAGGGUCCGACGGAGGAAGCCUCGUAACAAAGCCAUCAAUAAUGUUCCCACUAGUGUCAUGUCAAUGCAUUCUGUAAGCCUCCUUCUCGAAGCAAUACUACUCAAAGCUAGAUCUCUAGAGGGACUUGCGCGUUACACAGAGGCUGCAAAAGAGUGCAAGAUGAUCUUGGAUAUUGUCGAGUCGGCACUCCCCAAUGGGUUGCCCGAGGGUGGUGCUGAAGAUUGCAAGUUGCAGGAGAUGUUGCACAAGGCACUAGAGUUGCUCCCUGAACUCUGGACAAGGGCCGGGUCCCUAGACGAGGCCAUAGUCGCUUAUCGGAGAGCUCUUACCAAGCCAUGGAAUUUGGAUCCUGAGAAACUGGCAAGCAUUCAGAAAAAGUUGGGGUCAAAUCUGCUCUACGGUGGCGGUGGGAUUGAAAUGAGUCACAAAGCAGCGGGCCUGAGAACUACCGAAAAUAACACGGAGGAAGCUAUACUUCUGUUCUUGAUUCUUAUGAGGAAGGUGGCUCUUGGGCAGAUAAAAUGGGACGAAGAAAUUAUGGACCAUUUAAGUUACGCACUAUCAAUCACGGGACAAUACGAGUUAUUAGCAGAGCAUUUUGAGCUUGUUUUGCCUGGUGUAUAUGAUCGAGCGGAUCGGUGGUAUUACCUUGCGCUCUGCUAUGCUUCUUCAGGUCAGAACGAAACAGCCAUUAACCUUCUGAAGAAGGUUUCAGGCCCAUCCGAGGCAAAGCGCAGGCCUCAUCUGCAUUCUUCUCUUCUAGGUGCAAAGUUGUGUUCCGAAGAUCCAAAUCAUGCGCGUGAUGGGAUAAAUUUUGCCCGUGGAUUAGUCAGCUUGGGUGAUAGUAAGAUGAAGCAUUUCUUGGCCCAAGCCCAUAAGUUACUUGGACAAUGCUACGGGCAAGCGGCAAGAAUCUCUGUAUCAGACUCUGAGAGGGUUCGAUACCAGAAAGAGGCUCUCAGGUCUCUUAAUGAAGCAGUUCUUGAAGGGAAAGAGGAUCCUCUAAUAAUGUAUAGCCUCGGGCUUGAGAACGCAGUCCAGAGGAAUCUCGAUGUAGCUUUUGAUAGCAUGAUGGUGUGCUCAGAUAUGGUCGAGGGCAACUCAGGGAAAUGUUGGAAGUUAAUUUCCCUCAUACUCUCUGCGGAGAAGCGGUUUCCUGAUGCCAGAGAGAUUGUAGGUUUCGCUCUGGAUGAGGUUGAAAGGAUUGAUCAGCUUGAGCUUCUACGGAUCAAAGCUUUUCUCGAGAUAGCUGAGGAAGAGCCAAAGCUGGGAAUAGAGACCUAUAAGAUGUUGCUGGCCUUGAUCGCAGCUCAGAAGGAAAUCACAGCAAUAAGUUCGGAUCAAGUCAAACACUUAAAUAAGAUGGAGGUUGAAGCAGAAAGGAAAUUGGAAGCUACGGCGUGGCAGGAUUUAGCAGCAGUUUAUGCCAAACUCGACUCAUGGGCCGAUGCCCAGAUUUGUUUGGAUAAAGCAAAGUCAUUGGAUUUCAAUUCUCCAAGAAAUUGGCACUCUUCAGGUUUGCUGUAUGAAGCCCGGUCACUCCACAAGGAAGCCCUCGUCUCCUACUGCCAUGCCUUGGCCCUUGAACCAGAUUAUGUCCCGAGCAUGGUUUCGACAGCAGAGGUACUGAUGAAGCUUGGUACCUACUCUCUCCCCAUAGCGAGAAGCUUUCUGAUGAGUGCCUUAAGAUUAGAGCCCACAAAUCAUCAAGCGUGGUGGAAUCUCGGGCUGCUCUCGAAGAAGGAAGGAUCCUUGCAGCAGGCUGUGGAAUUUUUCCAAGCUGCAUACGAGCUUCAGUCGACAGCUCCGGUACAAAGCUUCGUGUGAAUGUUGAUCUUCCCUAACUGUAUAGGAUUUCCAUUCACUUCCCUGUCAUUCUUUAUUCACCAACACAGAAAUCCACCUCCAGUAUCUAGCAGAAGCUUGGCUAUUUGUGUAUCACGAUCGUAUGCGUGAUAGAGAAUCGUGUUUUCUUAGUUGGGCAAGAAAAAAUAUUGCACCAUAGAAAUCAAGUUUUGAGCUGUUAGCUGUAAAUGAUCCUUACCUUCGAGGAGAUUCAUGCUACUUGAUGCAAAUUUAGACAUGGCUAAUACAGUUCCUUUCUAGUGCCGACCAA